CGGGGCGGAGCGGGUGGUGCGGUGUGUGCGGUGCCUCCCGGGUGCGGGGCUGCCCGUAGUCCCGGAGUUCCGAACUCCCUAAGUUAGCCCCAGCCCGAGGUUAGGAGGGGCCUGGAGAGGCUUCGGGAAUGAGUAAAUUAAUUACAGACACUGUUUAUGUCACAUCCGCCGGGAGCACGGAGGGAGCCCGGGGCUGUCGCCUUUUCGGGAGCGAAAUCGGGAUUGGUGCAACUUCCUGCGGGUUUCGGGAGUCGCGACCGGUGUUACUGUCGUGGUUUGCCCUGGCACGGUCCGCUGGGAUUCACGGCUGGACACAGAGCACUGCUGAGAUGUCCGUCCUUGCGCUUCUCUGCAGAGGUGCUGCUGUACUCGGGACCCCCGUGCCAUGAUUACAUCCCGCACAGCCUGGGAUCUGGGAUCCGGGCCCUCCUCCGGAGCCGUCUGGAACACGAAGGACCUUGUCCCGGACGGCCCUGCGGGAUACGGCGUGCAAGCGGCGGGAGGAGACCCAGCACCGGGACCUGACACCAGCCACGGAGGAGCCGCUGGCAUCCCCCUGUGAGCCAGCAGCUGCCACAGCGGUGCAGGCAGCCUCCACCAUGAACCUGGAGAAAGCAGGAGGGAGGCUCUGCAGUGGGAAACGUGCCAGCCUGCCGGCAGCCCGACCCUUCCCAGUGAUCCAGAAGGUGAUGGCCUCCAUGGCACACCUGCAGAAGGAGAAGCUGCAGCUGCAGGAGGAGCUGCUGGGGCUGCAGGAGAAGCUCGCUGCCCAGGAGAACGACGAGCUCUCCCUCUCUCUGCAGCUGCAAGGCCAGGUUGAAACUCUGAAGGCGAAGGUCCUGGAGCAGGCGCAGGAGAUCGGCCGGCUGCGCUCGGAGCUGGGCGGCACAGAUGCAGAGAAGCACCGGGACCUGCUGGCGGCCGAGAACGAGCGCCUGCGGCAGGAGAUGAAGGCGUGUGAGGGGGAGCUGCGGGAGCUGCGGCGGCAGCAGCAGCAGCAGGCACCGUGCCGGGACUGCCACCACCGCCAGGAGAACGCUGAGCUGCAGGAGCAACUGUCCCAGCUGCAGCGAGAGGCAGAGGAGACGCGGGCCAAGCUGGUGGAGCUGGACCUGGAGGUGCAGCAGAAGACGAACCGCUUGGCCGAGGUGGAGCUGCGGCUCAAGGACUCCCUGGCCGAGAGAGCCGAGGAGGAGGAGCGGCUCAGCCGGCGGCUGCGGGACAGCCAGGAGACCAUCGCCAGCCUCAAAUCCCAGCCCCAGCAGAUAAAGUAUAUCAUCAAGACGGUGGAGGUGGAGUCAGCCAAGGCAAAACAAGCCCUGUGCGAGACCCAGUCCCGAAACCAGUACCUGCAGGAGCAGGUGGGGAUGCAGAGGCAGGUGCUGAAGGAGAUGGAACAGCAGCUGCAAAACUCCCAAAAGACAGAGGCUCAGCUCCGAGCUCAGAUUGUGAUGUACGAGGCUGAGCUGGAGCGGGCCCAUGGGCAGAUGCUGGAGGAGAUGCAGGCGAUGGAGGAGGAGAAGAACCGUGCCAUCGAAGAGGCAUUUUCCCGUGCCCAGGUGGAGAUGAAGGCGGUGCACGAGAACCUGGCAGGUGUCCGGACCAACCUGCUGACGCUGCAGCCGGCUCUGCGCACCCUCACCCACGACUACAACAGCCUGAAGCGUCAGGUCCGCGACUUCCCCCUGCUCCUCCAGGAGACCCUGCGCAGCGCCAGGGCCGAGAUCAGCCAGGCCAUCGAGGAGGUGCACAGCACCAACCGGGAACUGCUGCGCAAGUACCGGCGGGAGCUGCAGCUCCGCAAGAAGUGUCACAACGAGCUGGUGCGGCUGAAAGGAAACAUCCGCGUUUUCGGGAGAGUCCGCCCCAUCACAAAGGAGGAUGGUGAGGGCCCGGAGGCAGCCAAUGCAGUGACUUUUGACACCGAUGAUGACGCUGUCCUGCACCUCCUGCACAAGGGGAAGCAGGUGUCCUUCGAGCUGGAUAAAGUCUUCCCCCCACAAGCAUCCCAGGAGGAGGUGUUUCAGGAGGUUCAAGCCCUGGUCACCUCCUGCAUUGAUGGCUACAACGUUUGCAUCUUCGCCUAUGGGCAGACAGGGGCAGGAAAAACCUACACGAUGGAGGGAACGGCAGCAAAUCCAGGGAUCAACCAGCGGGCCCUGCAGCUCCUCUUCUCCGAGGUGCGGGGCAAAGCAGCCGACUGGGAUUACACCAUCACCGUCAGCGCCGCCGAGAUCUACAACGAGUCACUCAGGGACUUGCUGGGGAAGGAGCCGCAGGAGAAGCUGGAGAUCAAGCUGUGCCCCGAUGGCAGCGGGCAGCUCUAUGUGCCCGGGCUCACCGAGUUCAGGGUGCAGAGCGUGGAGGACAUCAACAAGGUCUUUGAUUUUGGCCACGUCAAACGGGUGACAGAGUGCACCAACCUGAACGAGCACAGCUCUCGCUCCCACGCCCUCCUCAUCAUCACCGUCCGUGGCCUCGACCGCAGCACGGGGCUCCGCACCACAGGGAAGCUGAACCUGGUGGACCUGGCAGGCUCGGAGCGGGUCGGGCGGUCGGGCGCGGAGGGCAGCCGGCUCCGCGAGGCGCAGCACAUCAAUAAGUCCCUCUCCGCACUGGGUGAUGUGAUUUACGCCCUGCGCUCCCGGCAGGGCCACGUGCCCUUCCGCAACUCCAAGCUGACCUACCUGCUGCAGGACUCGCUCAGCGGCGACAGCAAGACCCUCAUGAUGGUGCAGGUCUCCCCCGCCGAGAAAAACACCAGCGAGACGCUGUGCUCCCUGAAGUUUGCCGAGAGAGUUCGCUCCGUGGAGCUGGGUCCUGUCUCCCGCAAGGCUGAGCUGGCCUCCUGGCCCAGCCAGGAGCAGCUGGAGGGUGACUCACCGGGUUCUGCAGCAACACCUGGCCGGGGCCACACAUCCCACAGCCCAGGGCAGCUCUCCAGUCGCUCCGCCUCCAUCCGCAGGAAGCUCCACACUUCAGGUGGGUGGUGGGGCACCUUGGGAGCCCAUAUGGGGUCCCUCCAUCCAAGGAGGCUCCCACCACAAGCCCGUGGCAAAGCCUGCAUGAGGGAGUGAGCAGAUUCGUAAUCAGCUCAUUAACUAAUUGCUAAUUAGCCAUGGUCAGCACUUCCCCAAGAGCACCCUGGUACAAAGCUGCUGCUGGCGGCUCAGGGGGUGUGGGGAGGACAACGCCACCAGGCUGAACUUCUCUCCCCUUUGAUUUCAGCCUGACUUAGGGGCAGCCGUGGCUGCCAGGUGAGUGCCUGCGGCGGGUGCUGGUGGAGGGCUCUGUUUCACCCGCUUCCCAGGCAGGGCAGGGCUGCUGGGCUGUGCAGGGAUGCUCCUGGGGAUGCUUGUGGUACCAGCUCCUUGCUACAAUGCUGCCAGACGGGGCUGGGGCACUGGUGGCUGUGUCCCUGCCUACUGUGACCCACGUGUCUCUUCCCAGGGAAGCUGAGGUCAGUCCCACUGUGAUAAGUGCCAGCUCCCAGCUCGGGCACCAAACCCACUCCAGGACCCAGCCCCUCACAGUGACACGGAGGUGGCUGCUGGAAGAAAUGAAGGCUUCAGUGCUGUUCCCUUGGUCACCAGGACCUGUGACCUGAGGGUGAUGGCACCUCUCACAAUGAGCAAUACAGGACCAGGGUCUCCCAGCAGCCAGACCCCCCUCUCAGGGUGGGGGACAGUGGUGCUGGGCAGGAAUCUGCCCCCUCAGAUGCUCAGCUAUGUGACAGUUGUUUUUAGCCAGAGCGGGGAGCUGCUGGGUGCUCCCUCCAUCUCUCCAGCUUUGUUUUUACAAUGAAACUGGGUUGGAGGGGGUUCUUGGAGCUGGAGGGCGUGCUUGGAGCCAGGCUAGCCCCUGGCCAUGCCUCUGCUACCCCCACAGGGCCAGCCUGGCUAUGGCUCCCCCACGACUGCACCUGGGCAACUGCCCGUUGUCUUUCAGAGCAGCAUUUCCUCCGUGGUAAGUCAGAAAAAAAUUCCAGCAGCUCCUUCCCCCGUCGGUUUCUCAAGCCCUGUUGUUGCAUGAAGGCCCCUGGUGCCGUGCAUGAGCCGAGCUGCCGUUCCUCGUGGUGCCAGUGCUGCCAGGCCCCGGCACAGACCCGGAGCGGUCGCGGGCCACCUGUGUUACACGGCACCAGGGGGGAUUUCGCAGUCUCGAAUGAAGCUAUUGUAAAGUUAUUUACCAGUUGUCUUGUCAAGAGAGAUCACAGUGUGGUCGAGAUGAAAGUGUUUGAAAUAUUUAUGCCUGUUUACAUGGAAUGGAAAACUAAUGGAAAACAAACAGAAGUACCCCAAACCUCCAGCACAAAAGCCUGUUGGCUUAUGUAUGGGGAUGGCAGCUGGCAGGGGCAUGGGAAGGGGAUGGCAAUGCCCGUGGUCCUGAGCACCCACCUGUGGGUACGUUUUCUCCUGCUGCAAAUACCUGCUGGAUGCACUGAUGGCUCCUUCCACCACGGCCCUCUCCUCUCACGCUUCCACAGCAUAUUCUAUUUAAAAACAAAAAAAGGGAAAAAUAAAUUUAGCCUUUUGUAUGAUUAGAUGUUUCUAUGUAUUUUAAUAAUUAAAAAUUAUCCUGUUUUGUAACAAAACUUAUUUUAAAUAAACUGUUAAAGCCAGUCGUCCUCUGCUGCUGUUCUUGAACCCUGCUUGGCAUGGGGUGGGUGCUCCUUCCCUUGCUCCCAGCAUCUCCCCUAGGGCUGGAAAAGCCCAUCCCA